AUCUGAAAGGUGGCAAAAAGAAAACAAAUGUGGUACAAUUUCAUACCCCCAAGCUACAAAAGCAAAGAACCAGAUUCAAAGUUAUAGAGAUAGAGAGAGAAAGAGACAAAUAACCCAAAAAAAAAAACAAAGAAAAUUAAAGCCCUCCAUGUGUAAUAAAAAGGCUUGGAAUAUAAGAAAAUUUAAUAAAAACAAGCAUGUUGUAUGGGAAACCAGAAGAGGGUAGAGAGAAGAAAAAAGGGUCUUCUCUGGCUGGCUGCUACUAGUCUUCUUUUUUCUAGCUUCUUAUAACUCAGCUUUUUCAAGGGUUCGGUUCAGAAUUUGGAAUUUUGAAGCUCUUCAUUUAAGGUAAUCCUUUUUUUUGGAUGUGUGUUGAUUAUGUUCUUGGGGAAGGAGCAGAUAACUAUAAUUCUCAAAAAAUAGAAGGAUGGACAUUUUGGCUGCACACGAUUAGGCCUGCUGACUUUUAGUUAUUCUGUUUCUUCCCAUGCUUAGGCAAACACAGUAAUGCUGGCAGAAUGGGAAAGAAAGGAAGUUGGUUUUCUGCAAUUAAAAGAGUUUUCUUACCACACUCUAAGGAAAAGCUAAAUAAUGAAUCAGAUAAAAAAAGAGGUAAAGAAAAGAAGAAGAAGGGCAUAGGAAAAUUGAGGCAUGGAGAAACCAAUUCCUUUAUUCCCCUCUUCAGAGAGCCCAGCAGUAUUGAGAAAAUUCUGGGGGAGGCUGAAAGAGAGCAUAAACUAAUAUUCAGGCCUCCCACACCUCCAGAGCAGCCAAGAACACCACCAUUUGUGCCUCAUAGAGCUGCUUCUCCACGGGUUCCAUCUCAGAGGAUUGCCUCUCCUAGGGUUGCUUCUCCAAGAACUGCUUCCCCUAGAGCUGCUUCUCCACCUCCACGAGCUGCUUCUCCACCAUCACCUCCACCUCCUCAAGCUGCUUCCCCUAGAGCUGCUUCUCCACCUCCACCUCCACCUCCACGAGCUGCCUCUCCUAGAGCUGCUUCUCCAAGAGUUCCUCCUCCUAGGAUUCUCCGUUCUCGACCAGAACCAACUUUAAGGAACCAAAAUGCUUCAGCUACAAAAAUUCAAGCAGCUUAUAGAGGUUAUAUGGCAAGGAGAAGUUUUAGAGCUUUGAAAGGCCUUGUGAGGCUUCAAGGAGUUGUGAGAGGUCAGAACGUGAAACGCCAAACCAUGAAUGCCAUGAAGUAUAUGCAGCUUUUGGUGCGAGUUCAGUCUCAGAUUCAGUCACGCAGGAUCCAGAUGUUGGAAAACCAAGCACGACGGCAGGCUCAGUUCAAGAAUGAUAAGGAAGUGGAGAGUACCUUGGGCAAAUUGACCUUCAGCCAGGCAUCUGAGGCAGGCAAUGAAGACUGGGAUGAUAGUCGGCUAACAAAAGAGGAAGUAGAGGUAAGGAUGCAGAGAAAGGUGGAGGCAAUCAUCAAGAGAGAAAGGGCCAUGGCCUAUGCAUAUUCCCACCAGCUAUGGAAAGCUUCUCCGAAAUCAGCUCAGACAGGUUUAUCAGACAUUCGCUCUGGUGGAUUUCCAUGGUGGUGGAACUGGUUAGAUCGUCAACUACCUGCCGAAAGCCAAGGCAUGAAAGGUUUCCAACUUACACCACCUAGGCCAAAUUCUGAAUUGAAACCUAGUCCAAGGCCACAGUCAAGCAGCAAGCAACAUCAGUUCACCUUUGACAACAUUAUGGACACUCCCACGCCAAAAUCUACAAGGUCAACUAUACUUCCGGCAACAAGACCCAUGCGAACUCCACCUUCUAUUAGAAUCCCAAAAGCAAGCAGCUCAGGGUUGUCGAAAUAUUCGAGACCAAGAGCUAGUGCAGCUGAUUCUUCUCCAUUUGACUUGCCUCUCAAGGAUGAUGAUAGCCUCAUUAGCUGCCCACCAUUUUCAGUUCCCAAUUACAUGACUCCAACAGUUUCAACCAAAGCCAAGGUGAGAGCUAGCAGUAAUCCUAAGGAGAGGUUUCCUGGUACACCGGGAAGCGAGUCGAAUAGGCGGCUUUCAUACCCUUUGACACAAGGGACAGGGUCAUUCAAGUGGAGCAACAAAGGGUCAUUGUUUUCAGGCAAGGAUUCAAGCUCUCAAAGGGGCUUAGACAAGAACCAAUCACUUCAAUCUAUAGGCAAUUUGAGUGUCGAUUCAACCGUUUCUAUGCCUGCCACGGUUGGAAGAAAGCCAUUUAACCGAUUUGUGUGAUUUAUUUUUUUUACCCUUUAUUUUUAACCUUUGAUUACUUCUUCAUUUUGGUGUUUUUCUUAAUUGAGUGUAUGGUUAUACGCUAAGUUACAAAAUUACCGUUGUAAAAUAAAACAGGAAACCUUAGAAAUUGAUGCUUUGAAUGUCACAGGAUUUGGGGUUUGGUGAGAUAUUAUAUUAAUUUUCUUCUUU